AUGCAGAAUAUGAUUUGCCUUGCACGUUCGUUCCACUUGCAGUUAGUUGACGUGGUCAUCGAACAACAUCCUCGCAGGGAUAACAACACUCCUGCCAUUAACCCAAUGGCAAGCCACGCCCAAGCCAGAACAGGGGGUACAUUACUAAAUGAUUUGGGAAUGGACGAUGAAGGCGACCUGCUGCAAUCAUUUUGUCCGCACAAGGAGAAAGUCUUCCUUUCCGCUCCAUGGACAAAUGGCUUUACUCACAUCGGACAGCGCUUCGAAGGUGGGGCUUCCGAAUUUCGCCAUGUCUUAUGGAAAUAUGCUGUCGAAUGUGGGUUCCAUAUCAAAUUUCUUAAGAACGACUCCGUUCGGGUAACGGCUAUAUGUGCUAUGAACGAAUCAAAGUCUUCGGACAUGUCGUACUCAUUCCACAGGGGGCGGCGUUACGGUGAGAUGUGCUCAAAUGCUGCAGAAUCAUUCAACUCAUGGGUCCGGGAAGCGCGCAACCUCCCAAUCACAAGAAUGGUUGACAGCAUCCGGACUAAAUUGAUGCGACAAAUGGCGAAACAUAGAGACGCUUCCCAAACGUGGACCGGCACCAUAUGUCCCAAAAUGGAGUCCCGUCUUGAAAAAGCAUUCAAUGAAGGUAGAUCAUGGAAAGUGAGCCAAUCAAACGCUGAUGUAUACGAAGUGCACUCUUUCUCAUCGGUCACUGUUGACAUCGGACACCGCACUUGCUCAUGUUUCAAGUGGCAACUCAAUGGGUUUCCUUGCCCACAUGCAAUGGUUGCUGUCCGUAAAAGUGGUCGGGAUUUGAACACAUUGGUCGAACCAUUCUUCUACGUCUUCAAAUAUCGUUCAACUUAUGCAGCAAGCAUUUUCCCAAUUCCCACCGUUGAGCAACCGUCUUUCAACCCAAAUGAUUACAUCACCAAGCCCCCCAUCAUGAAACGUCCACCUGGUCGACCAAAAAAGAAGAGGAUACUGUCAAAGGGGGAACAUGUUCAGCAAAUCAGAUGCGGCAGAUAUGGGCGCAUGGGGAAUCAUAACAGGAAGACAUGCAACGAACUCAUUUAA